AUUCUCUCUAAUCAGUCAGUUGUUGACAAAAAUCAUGUAUAUCUUAUCUUGUUGAAACGAUAUGGAGAAAUGCCAACAGCACAUACGCCCUCUUGUUGGCCAGUAAGUGUUCACCGCGCCAAGCAGCGAACGAUGUUUGCAAACUAAUCCGAAAACAUGGAUUUCUCAAAUGUGGUGCUGGAAACACCGCUGAUUGUGGAGAAAUCAAAGUUCACCUCGACGGCGAUUCUUUUCUCGCAGCGACAAAACAGUCAGGAAGACUACUGCGAUGUUGUACAUCAUGCCGAUGACCAUUUUCGACCCAACUACGAUCGGAUCAAGCUGAAACGUUUAUCGGUGUUGGAUUUAUCGAUGUGCGUUAUAUGCCGGUGUGAUAUUAAGUACAACAAUCAGCGGAAGACAUUGAAAUGUGACCAUGCGUUCCACGUGAAAUGCAUCAAGCAGUGGAUUACGUUCCAGAACAUAUGCCCGAUUUGCAGAAUAGAGUUGUAGUAAGACUGUGGCUUGCCUAAUUUCACAAUAAACAGUCCAAGUCGGUAGAUCACGAGUGAGUGUGAACAUCAACCUUUUUGGGGG